AGUCCCUAGUUUCCUAACUUAAUCACAUUUCUUAUUAUUUUCUGUUCUCGUUUCCUUACAUCUUCAGAUCAAGUCUUUCAGUAGAUAUCUUGUGAUGAAAUGGAUAUAAUUUUGCAUCAGAUUUAUCAUUUAUUAAAUACUGAAUUGGAGACACACUGUUCCAGAUUUUAUGUUUGUCAAUUAGUUCUGGUAGUUUUUUGAGGCAGACACUGUCACUGUUUGCAUUUUGUAAUUGAGAGAAACAGGUAGAGAAACAUUUAUUCAAUGUUCCAGAGCUUAUACAUGCUAAAGCAAGGCCAUCACAUUCUACAUUCCCAUCUGUAGUCUAGAGCUUCCUCAGACUUUAAAAAACUAAGUCCCUAUCUCAGAUCAUAAACACACCUUGCAUCUGCUUGUUAUGUGACAGACCACACAUCUGUUUGUUUAGUUCUUUAAACAGUGGCUUCAGCAGCUCUAAUUUGGUUACUAAGACUUCAUUAUCCUUUCAGAAUCCUCUGAGCCAAAGUUUUAUAGCUGCUGAGCUUAUCUCAAGUCCUUUCAUAAAUGUGUUUAUUUUAUUUGCUUUUGGAACAGUGUUGGAAAGAACCAUCAUGGUUAUUGUCUUUCCUGUUUUACAGAGGGGGAUCAGACCGCCAUCAUUUUGCAAUUACGAAAUUUUGCAGGCAAAAAAUCAGAUAUCAUGGAAGCAAUGGAAAGUCAUAAGGCAGAAGAGGUGUUGGAGAUCCUUCGACUGAAUGUGGGUGGCUGUAUAUACACAGCGAGACGUUCAUCUUUGUGCCGCUUCAAGGACUCCAUGUUGGCAUCUAUGUUCAGUGGCCGUUUUCCUCUAAAAACAGAUGACUCAGGGGCUUGCGUUAUUGACCGUGACGGACAGUUGUUUAAAUACCUUUUGGAUUAUCUUCAUGGAGAAGUUCAUAUUCCCACGGAUGAACAGACCCGAAUUGCUUUACAGGAAGAGGCUGAUUAUUUUGGCAUUCCUUAUCCAUACUGCCUGUCUGAUCACUUGGCUAAUGAAAUGGAGACAUAUUCUUUAAGGUCAAAUAUAGAACUUAAAAAGGCUUUAUCAGACUUCUGUGAUUCGUAUGGUUUAGUUUGCAAUAAACCAACAGUUUGGGUUCUCCACUAUCUUAGCACAUCCGGUGCAAGCUGUGAGAGUAGAAUUAUUGGUGUCUAUGCUACCAAAAUGGAUGGAACAGAUGCUAUUGAUAAGCAACUGGGAGGACGAAUUCACAGUAAAAGCAUUUUUAAAAGAGAGGCGGGAAAUAAUGUUCAGUACAUUUGGAGCUAUUAUUCAGUAGCAGAGUUGAAGAAAAUGAUGGAUGCCUUUGAUGCCUGGGAAGGAAAAGGUGUUAGCUACUGGCGUGUGCCUUAUGAGUUGAUAGAGUGUUGGACUCUGGAAGAACGACCUUUAUUUGGAAGCCUCCGUCACAUGGCCCCAGUUCGGAAGAGGCGCCUGGUAUCUUUCAAUGAAGAGGAAGAAGGUGUGAACUGUAAGACUGGUCCUAAGCCAGUCAGGUUUUUGGGCCCUUCCACCAGCACCCAAAUUAAAGUCAAGAACUCGACUUCAGUCAAAGUGUCUUCGACACUACAUGAUGGGUCCCGGGCCAUUGCAAACCCAUCUCCAAGUGCCAAGUCAACUCAGAGUUCUACCCUGUUGAAAGCCCUGUCUCCAGUGAGCACUUCGACACCUCAGGCCAGUGGUGUUGAAAAUGGAGCCACACACCCACCUCCAGCCAAGGUCAUGCCCUCAGACAGGGCCACCCCACAUCGAGUGAUAAAAUUGAAGCGGACUCCACUGUGUGCUACCAGGCCUUCCUUAACUGCCUGCACUCCCGGGAUACCCUCCAUCCCAGAACCAGCACCUGAAGACCCCAGUGCCUUGGUCCUGCAGACUGAGAAUAGGCAGAGCCAGAUUAAUUGACAGAAACUGAUUUCCAUACAUGUUUUUGCCUCCUGCUGCUUCCAACCUCUUUGAUGUGAUAAAUGGCAAUGUUUAUUGAUAUGUUAGGAUAUGUUAAUGGUGAAAACAGUUUCUAUGUAGAAUGAUAGGUGGAAUACUAAUUGUGUGAAGUAGAGAGUUUAUUAAAGUUUUUAGGUCAUUAUAUCUCAUUUACCCAACUUUGAAAUGAUUAUCUGUGGAUAGUAAAUUCAGGUUCAAAAAAAUUCUUUUUUAAUGGUUGAUUGAUUGGCAUUAUGACAACAAAACAUUUGAGCAGGGGGCCAGAACAGUAGUACAGUGUGUACCUCAUGGCUGACUUGAGUUCUAUUCUCAGCAUCUCCCUGAGUGCUGUUGUGAGUGAUUCCUGAGUGCAGAGCCAGGAAUAACUCCUGAGCAUCACCAGGUCUGAUCCACAAACAAAAAAAUAAAACAAAAAUUUCAGCAAAAUCAUCACUUAGAGAAAUUUUCUGUUGCUAAAAUAGUUUACAGACCCAGGAUACUUUAGUAAUAUUAUUUCAGUCUAGGACUGGGGGAGGUGGUUUGGGCUUAGAUAUUACUGUCUGGUAAUGUUUCUGCUUCCUGGUGCUAUCUCAUAGCUGCUGGAGAUUUGAGAGAAUGUAGAUCAAGAAAUACCUACAGGAUACUCUCAAGGCUGCAAA